ACAGUUUUCAGCACUAACUACUGCGUAUGUUUAAAACUGAAUGGCAAGAAAUUUCAGACCAUGCUGCAAAGAUUUUUUUAUGUAAUUGUAAAUUGUAAUAGUGUCUUUCCCUAAAACAACAACAACAACAACAACAAAACUAUGAACAGCCAAUAUUUUAAGUAGGCUAAUUACCGGUUUUUGAAGCAGCUAGUUAUUGACACUAAAUCAAUGGCAUGUUAUUGUAACCCAUAGUUCUAAAAGGCUAAUAGAAUAUUCUAAAGAUGAUUGGUUCGUAGGAUGCAUGGAAUCGUCAACAUAUCAGUUUCAGCAAGAUAACUGGUUGCAUUCCCAUAUUUAAAGACAAACUUUUAUUUGUGAUGCGACAUGCCUGAGACAAAUUUCACACACUGACAAAACUCCUACUUAUAAUAAGAUUCACACAAGCUUAAUGUGGUUUGUUUUAAGCUUCGAUUCAUUUUGUCAGCAUGGAUAUGUUACAGCUGUGACCGGUAUUUACAAGAUCAAUUGACUGCAUCUCCACUCAACAAACGGAGAGCGAGAGGAAGCAAAGCAUAUGCGGGCGAUCAGCGUUUCGACAUGAAAAAUGAGUUCAGUCUACCUGCUACAGACAGUGAAAGCAGCUGGGAAAUGUGAUACGGUGUUUAAAGGGUUCUCAGACUGUUUGCUCAGACUGGGAGAGAAUAUGGCAAACUACCCACAGGAGCUGGACGAUAACGAGAAACUACAGACGAUCUGCACAUAUUGGGAUGAAUUUCACGCCUGCGCUACCACCGCGCUUGCAGAUUGCCAAGAAGGAGCGGCGGAUCUUUGGGAAAAACUGAAAAAGGAGUCAAAAAAACUCGAAUUUCGGGGUAGUUUGUUUGAACUGUGUGGAGGGGGCAACGGAGCAGCCAAAUCUACUCAUCGUCACUACUUCACCAUUUUUCUUAUAGCACUGUCUGCUCUAGUGACAUGGCUCGCUUUCUAAAACAAAAACAAAUAUAUAAAAAUAAAUAAAUAAAUAUUAAUAAAUAACGACAAAAUACAUCUAGCGAUCGAAAUCACAGAAUCUUCACCAUAAUGGAUGUAUAUGCUAAAACACCCAUCAUUACUGAAGACGUUGUGAUUUACUAGUGACACUGAAAACCUCGAUUGGUUUGAAUAGUUGGAAACGUCUGAUUUUCUCCUUGUGAUUUUUUUUUUCAUUGCCAAAUGUGUUACCAAACAAAGUGCUGAGCAGCAGCCAAAACAAGGGGCGCCAGCUUCUACAACAAAUCGACUUGCACCACCUUCAAAUAAACUCAGGAAAGGCCUUGGCCAUUAAUACAAAGUGGAACCUUCACGAGAAAAAAAGUAUUAAAAGGAAAACGAGAAGAAAGAUUAAGGGAAAACUGAGAGAAUGAAGUCCACGUGCGAAUUCUGGAGAAUUGCUGCUGCUGAUCUGUUUCAGACGCCACUAUGUGCCCCAUCAUUAUGAUAGAAAUGGUCUCCGUGAGCACGAGUAGCAUGUGAGCACGUGCUGAUAUUCCGGAAUAAGUCAUCAGUCGGAAGGAGUGAACACAUGUUAGCUUUAUUUGAUGUUGCCAAGGCAUAUGACCACGUUUCAGACUUUAGUUUUAAUUGUAUAUUCUGUUUGUUCGUUUGUUUGUUUCUGGGGAUGUUGUAUAUAAUACCUGAAGAGUAUUCAAAAGUAUAGACUACAAAAAAGGGGCUUUAUAAAUAAUCUAUUAAAAAAUGAUUUGGGGGGAAAAAUCUAAAUAAAGUGAGAUUUUUAAACACUUUAAAGUAUUAUAUAUUCAUUGCUAUAAAGUAAACCACGUUUUAAAAAAGUUAUUAAAUAAAUCAGUUAUUGUUUGAAAAUAAAGUGUCUGUU